AUGGCUGUGACAACUGCCUUGGCCGCGUUGAAUCUGCUGACCUUGGUGCAGGGAGCAGCGGUACAGUUUGCCCCACGCGCAUCAGGAUCGCUGGACACAUGGUUGGCAAGUGAAACUCCUGUCGCACUUCAAGGAGUGUUGAACAAUAUCGGCUCCAGUGGUGCCUUCACCGAAGGAGCGGACGCGGGUUCUGUCCUUGCGAGCCCUAGCAAGGCUGACCCAAAUUAUUUCUACACAUGGACUCGAGAUUCAGCUUUGACCCUUAAGACUUUGAUCGAUAACUUCAUCGCGGGCACAUCUAGCCUAGAAUCUACUAUCCAAGAGUACAUCAAUGUUGAAACGAUCAUCCAAGGAAUCUCAAACCCGUCCGGAAGCCUUGCAGAUGGUACUGGACUUGGUGAACCAAAGUUCAACGUCAAUGGAACUGCAUUUACAGGUUCUUGGGGCCGUCCACAGAGAGAUGGACCUGCGCUAAGAGCGACUGCAAUGAUUGCAUAUGCCAAUUAUCUCAUUAAUAAUGGCCAAACCUCUACCGCAAAAGAGAUCAUCUGGCCCAUUGUCCAGAAUGAUUUGGCCUAUGUCGCCCAGUACUGGAAUCAGACCACAUUUGAUCUUUGGGAAGAGACGCAAGGAUCAUCUUUCUUCACAACAGCAGCCCAACACCGUGCCUUGGUUGAGGGUAGUGCUCUCGCUACAUCCCUCGGCCAGUCUUGCGCCAACUGCGUCUCUCAGGCCCCCCAGGUCUUAUGUUUCCUUCAAUCCUACUGGACAGGCUCCUACAUUCUUGCCAAUUUCGCCCAAAAUGGCCGUACAGGUUUAGACGCCAAUUCAAUUCUAGGAGUCAUUGAAACCUUUGACCCAGCGGCAACCAGCUGUGAUGACGCAACUUUCCAGCCUUGCUCCGCGAAAGCCCUCGCUAACCACAAGGCUGUUACGGAUUCCUUCCGAAGCGUAUACACUCUCAACUCAGGCAUCGCUGCUGGCUCUGCUGUUGCUGUUGGAAGAUAUGCUGAAGAUGUAUAUCAAGGAGGUAACCCAUGGUACCUGUCUACUACUGCCGCAGCAGAGCAGUUGUAUGAUGCCAUCUAUCAGUGGAACAAGAUCGGCUCUAUUACCAUCACCUCUGUCAGCUUGGGUUUCUUCCGGGAUAUCUAUCCUUCAGCAGCGACGGGCACAUACGCCUCUGGCUCAUCCACAUUUACCGCUAUAAUCGCGGCCGUGCAGAAGUACGCUGACGGAUAUAUGAGUAUCGUUGAAAAAUACACACCAGCCGACGGGACACUUGCCGAACAAUUCCAGCGUGAUACGGGCGCACCACUAUCUGCCUCCGCUUUGACAUGGUCUUACGCAGCUCUCCUCACGGCAGCUGCCCGCCGCGCCGGUACAGUGCCAGCAUCAUGGGGCUCUAGCAAUGCAAACACCGUUCCAACGACUUGCUCCGGAACCUCCGCAACUGGUAGCUACACAUCCGCGACCAACACAGCCUGGCCCACGGCACCCACUAGCAGUGCUAGACCCUCGUGCUCUGCCCCUGCUAAAGUAGCCGUCACAUUCCAGGAGGUCGUUACGACCAGUUUCGGACAAAACGUCUAUUUGACAGGCAAUAUCUCCGCGCUCGGUAGCUGGUCCACCACUGCUGGCAAGGCGGUUCUGUUGAGUGCACAGGACUAUCGCUCAGCCUAUAACCUUUGGUAUGUCACACUGAAUCUACCCAGUGGCACCGCAUUUGAGUACAAGUUCUUCAAGAACGCAAGCGGUACGAUCACUUGGGAAAGUGAUCCAAAUCGGAAGUAUAUCGUGCCCAGUGAUUGUGGUGUGAGCACUGCUUGUAUCAAUGAUAACUGGCAGUAG